AUGCUCAUCAACCUUGUCCGCAUUCUCUUUGUAAAGCUCGGUAUCGUGAGGCAUCGCGGCAUUUCGUUUAUCUCCAUCGCCCUCGGCCCCAACACCGCCGGAGAGCCCCUCCUCCCCGUCACCGGUCGUUCCGCGGUCCUCGCUCUCCGCGCCGACGCCCCGCCCACCUGCUCCGGUGGCGAGUCGGUCUGCGACGGCGGAUGCAUCCCACGCGGCGCCAACUGCUGCCGCUUCGGGAACAACGCCUACUGCGACCAGGGCGAAUACUGCACCUCGGACAACAUGUGUUGCCCCUUGGGCAAGGCCUGCCCCGGCCCUGGUGCCUGCAGGGAAGGGUUCGCAACCCCGGUGAUACUUGCUCAAACACGGGCUGCGCUGGAGUCCCCGGCGGCCCCGCCAGCAGUUCCAGCAGAGCCCCGGCGGUCCGACCAGCAGCCAGCCUUCGGGCCCUUCGCCCACCACCACCAGGGUCCCGGCGGGCCACCUUCCGGGCCCGAGCCAUCCAGCACCCGCGCACCCGGCAGCCCCCUCCGCAUCAUCGACAACCAGGGGCCCCGGAGGACCACCUUCCGAGUCCGAGCCAUCCAGCACACGAGGACCCGGCGGACCUCCCUCCGCAUCGUCCACGAGCAGGGGCGCCGGUGGCCCACCCGGCAGCGGAUCUUCCAGCAGCGGCGCGCCCACCGGCGGUCCCCGCCGGCCCAUCACCCACUAGCUCCAGGGCUCCUGGCGGACCAGGCGGCCCCGGAGGCCCUGGCGCAGAUCCCACAUCCACAAGCCGAGGUCGCGGGCCCGACGGGCACCUGUGAGAUCCGGACCGUGACCGUAACUGCUGGCACUGGUGGCGGUAGCGGUGUCGGCGGCCCAGGAUCCGGUUCGGACCGUGGCGCAGCCCCUACCGGAGGCAGCGGUUCUGGAUCUGGAUCUGGAUCUGGAGCUCCCGGAAGCGGUAGCCCCGGUAGCGGGUCCGGCUCCGGUUCCGGUGCGCCUAGUGGCGGUAGCGGUGGUCCUGGUCUUGGCGCUCCCAGUGCUGGUGCCCCCAGCGCCGGAGCACCUAGUGGAGGUGCCCGUGCACCGUCCGCAUAG